AUGUCCAAAAGUCACAUGUCCAAACGUCACAUGUCCAAACAUCACAUGAUCAAAAGUCACAUGAUCAAAAGUCACAUGAUCAAAAGUCACAUGUCCAAACGUCACAUGUCCAAACGUCACAUGAUCAAAAGUCACAUGUCCAAAAGUCACAUGAUCAAAUGUCACAUGAUCAAAAGUCACAUGUCCAAACGUCACAUGAUCAAACGUCACAUGUCCAAACGUCACAUGAUCAAAAGUCACAUGAUCAAAAGUCACAUGAUCAAAAGUCACAUGAUCAAAAGUCACAUGUCCAAACGUCACAUGUCCAAACGUCACAUGAUCAAAAGUCACAUGUCCAAACAUCACAUGAUCAAAAGUCACAUGAUCAAAAGUCACAUGAUCAAAAGUCACAUGUCCAAAAGUCACAUGUCCAAAAGUCACAUGAUCAAAAGUCACAUGUCCAAAAGUCACAUGAUCAAAAGUCACAUGUCCAAAAGUCACAUGUCCAAAAGUCACAUGAUCAAAAGUCACAUGAUCAAAAGUCACAUGAUCAAAUGUUUUCAGACAUUUUCUAGCUGGGGAGACCUGGGAACGUGUGAAGGCGCCGUAAAACACCAUGAUAAACGACUGGAAGAGGCGCUGGUCAUGGGAGACUUCAAAGGGGACCUCCUACAGGGGCCUCCUCCUGCAGAGACCUCCUACAGGGGCCUCCUCCUGCAGGGACCUAAUACAGGGGGACCUCCUACAGGGGCCUCCUUCUGCAGGGACCUAAUACAGGGGCCUCCUCCUGCAGGGACCUCCUACAGGGGCCUCCUUCUGCAGGGACCUCCUACAGGGGUCUCCUCCUGCAGAGACCUCCUACAGGGGCCUCCUCCUGCAGAGACCUCCUACAGGGGCCUCCUCCUGCAGAGACCUCCUACAGGGGCCUCCUACUGCAGGGACCUCAUACAGGGGCCUCCUCCUGCAGGGACCUCCUACAGGGGCCUCCUUCUGCAGGGACCUAAUACAGGGGCCUCCUCCUGCAGGGACCUCCUACAGGGGCCUCCUUCUGCAGGGACCUCCUACAGGGGCCUCCUCCUGCAGAGACCUCCUACAGGGGCCUCCUCCUGCAGGGACCUAAUACAGGGGGACCUAAUACAGGGGUCUCCUCCUGCAGGGACCUCCUACAGGGGCCUCCUUCUGCAGGGACCUCCUACAGGGGCCUCCUCCUGCAGAGACCUCCUACAGGGGCCUCCUCCUGCAGAGACCUCCUACAGGGGCCUCCUCCUGCAGGGACCUCCUACAGGGGCCUCCUCCUGCAGGGACCAGGAGAGAGACCAGGAGCGAGACUAA